GCGAAGGCGGCCUAGGUCCUUUACUGCAACCGUACUACAUCAUACUCGCUCGCUCAACCCGUCAAACCGCUCACCUAAACCAUACAUGUACUCCUUGAAAAAAUGCACAGGUCGACGCAAUAAAUCCCAAGCGCGUACAAAAAGACUUGCAGGUGCAUCCUAUCACAUCGUUCUCGUGGAAGGGAGCAAAAAAAAACCCCCAUUUCCUGUAUACUACGUAGCAGCAAUAGGUAAAAUCACGCUGGGUAGGUCUCCCUAUCCUUCAAAAAACUACAGUUAAUUGGACAUGUCAUAUCCGUCUGCAACGACUUGCUUCCUGUCGCCACCCAUUUCUCGGAAUCGCCUCGCUCUCAUUAGCUGGCUCUGUUCUUGCCAAGUAUUGGCCAUCACUGUAUGGU